UUUUUUGCGUUUCGCUGCGUAAUUUUUUAAUAGCUCUUCGCUAUUAUUGGAAAUGUGUUAAUAUAUUGCAUUAAAUUUAUAACAUUUAUCGAAUAAAAUGAGCAAUAAACUUAAAUUUGGACCACCGCCGGAUUCGGAUGACUCGGACGACAGCAGCUACGACGGAUUCUACUUUCCGGACAAAUUGCAAAGGGAGAAGGUCAGGCUACAUGUACCACGGGAUCAAAAGCUCUACGAUGCGUUGUUGAAUGGCGACUUGCAGCGUGUGUGUGAAGAAAUCGAUGAGCUCCACUUCCCGGUGGAUGAAGGGGUGUGCGGGGGAGACACCAUGCUGAUGCACGCCUGUCGGAGUGGCUUCUAUGAACUGGCCUCGCACCUGGUCAACGAGCUUAAGGCCAAUGUCAACAAGCAGGUGGAUUCGGUAAUGCCCCUAAUGCUGGCAUGUGACUGCCAGGCCAAGGAUCCGUAUGUGGCGGAGAAACUGGUGCGUCUGCUUCUCAACCAUGGAGCCGUGAUUAAUGUCUCGGAUAAAUACGGCAUGACGCCUUUUAUGUUUGCCUGCCGCAAGGGAUUCAGCAACAUUGUGCGCCUUCUAAUUAAAGAUGUUAGCUUCGAUGCGGUGGACAAUCAGGGAUGCACACCAAUAUUCUUUGCCAUUGAGAAUAAUCAUGCGGAAAUUGUUAAGCUGCUGAUGGAGGCCGGUGUCAAUGCCAAUAUUGCCAACAAUAAGGGCUACACACCCAAACAUGUAGCCGAAUUUCACGGAUUCUACGAUCUAUUGGAGUUGCUGCCUCGCGAGAAUCCAGUUUAUCUGGUGCCAUCAGCAUUUCUGUCCUAUAACACGCUGCGUGAUCAUGUUCCACGCAUUUUUCUGAAAUCCGAUUGCCCGGAGUACUUUCAGGAACUCAACGUCAUUCUACGCACAAUCAAUAUGGAUAAUAUGCUGGAACAUUUUGCUAAAUCAAAUACCUCACUUGGGGAAUUCCUCAACAUGAAUGAUAAGAAACUACGUGAUAUUGGCGUGAAGUUUCCAAUCUAUCGCAACAAGAUUAUGAAGGGUAUACUGGACUUUCAUUUGCAUCACUGGUCAAAGAAAUCCAUUGCGCGGGUUAAGAAGGAUGGCAUAGAGAACUUCUAUGAUAUACUCAUGAUCACGGCUAAUCAUCUACAGCACUUGGUCAUCAUACAGUCAUCGCUGCGGUUCGUCAUACAGAAUCAGUUGGCGGGUAAUCUUGGCCAGCCAUCGGAGAUGCAGUUAAUUAACUUGCAGAACAGCUUAUGUGCAUAUCGCGGCGUCAUAAACGAUCUCACCAAGACUAUCAAAUAUCUUGGAUCAUUCAGCCCACCUAAAAGUCCGCUUUAUAUCGACUACAACGAGAUUAUCGCUGAGCGUAAGCGGCGUAAAGUUCGCAGUUACUUCAAAUAUACGACUAUUAUUUUGGGUAUAUCGGUAUUUAUCUGCUUAAAAUGCAAAUGGAUGUUUUAAUCGUACGCAGACAAAAAAAAGCUUAUAGUAUUAGUUAACAAGCAUUUGAAUAAGUUACAGUACAAUUAUUAUUAAUGUACGAAUUUUGAAAAUUCUCUUUAAGUUCUCAAAUCAAUAUAGUUGUUGUUAAAACGCUUUAUGAAUUGUUAAAUGAAGUUUAUGUUUUACCUUAAAAUGACUUAAUAAAUGAAUUAAUUGUUGAAAAUUAA